GUGCUGCGUCCGGGCGGUCCCAAGGGCUGUGUGUUUGGCGCGCCGUCCGUGACGCCGGCGACCGACAACAGCAAGGUGUGCGCCGAGAACUGGAGCCAGUGCAACGGUCAGAACUGGCCGUUCGGCGUCUGCUGCAAGAGCGCGGGCUGGAAGUGCGUCAAGCACAACGACUACUACUCGCAGUGCCUCCAAGGCUAG